GGCCAACAUGGAGAAUGGACUUUUAACACAAGUGGUUCCCAAGUCAUGGGCCACCAUGAGGAAUGGACUUUUGAGACAAGUUGUCCCAGUUCUGAUGAAUCCUUUGGGUCUGGAUCAGCUGGUGAGUUGGAUCAGUUGAAGUUUGAGGUUGCUCAUGGAAAGUGGCACCUUUCACUGUAUCGACAGGCACUCAAAGAUGCAGAGGGUGGCGCUGAAGCUGCUGCAGUGCAGCUGGAGAUGGUGAAAGAGCACCACAGACCAAAUUGUGCAGAGUGCGAUUCUCACCAAAUGUGGGUGAAGUUGGCAGCUGCUCGGAAACAAACAAGGGAUUCUUCACAACAAACCUCACCAAUCCUGUGUCAGAAUGAUCGAAAGAAACGAGCAAGAAUCCAGAGGAGAAGCAUGUCAACCUGAAUGUCUCAGUUCCUCACGCCCAAGAUUUAUUUAUGGCAACGGUUGUCUACCUGUUCUGCAUCAUACCCAGUAAUUUCUUCAACCC